CGUUAAUAUGACCAUGCUGUGAUUUACCAGAAGGUCGGGACACCUUCUAGGAGUUGACCGCUCUGUUCCCUGUUUUUCCUUGCUUGUGCUGCAGCCCUUGAAGGUACCUCUGCCAUAUUCAGACUGCCAUAUAUAAACUGCAGCGCCUUUCAUACCUAGCAAGGCCGUUUACGACUUGAUUAAGCACAAAAAUCUGUCUGGGCUGUCGGUAACGGCAGCCGCAGUCAUAAAGCAACAAGAAUGCCGCUAAUCUACAGCAGUGUGUCACAAGGCACGGUGACAGUCGCUGAGUAUGCAGCGUUCUCGGGCAACUUCGGUGCGGUGGCCAAAGACUAUUUGGAAAAGGCCGGCAAGAACGAGGGCAAGUUCACUUUCAAUGUGGACGGCCAUACGUUCAAUUUCCUCAACCGAGGCGGCUUCACCUACCUUGUUGUUGCGGAUGAAGCCUAUGGACGGGCUAUACCAUCAGCUUUCUUAGACAAAAUGGCCAGCGAGUUUAACAUAAAGUACGCCGACAAGGCACAAGGAGCGAAGGAGGGUGCGCUGAACUCAUCUUUCGGCAAGCAACUAAAGCAGAUGAUGGAACAUGCCACGCAAUUUCCGGAGGAGUACUCGAAGGUCGCGUCGGUGCAAAAGAAGGUGGAUGAGGUGAAGGGCAUCAUGACGGAGAACAUUGAAAAGGUCCUGGCGCGGGGUGAGAAGCUCGAGCUGCUGACGGACAAGACGGAGAACCUCAUGAAUGAGGCGGACCGCUUCCAGCGGCAAGGCCGCACGCUGCGGCGUCGGAUGUGGCUGCAGAAUUGCAAGAUGAAGAUCGUGGUUGCUUUUGCAGUGAUCUUGCUGGCGGUGAUCAUCUUCCUGCUUGUCUGCUUCUCGGGCGGGAACUGCCUGAAGCAUGGCAAGUGAAAGGCACCGCUAGGGAGCACAGAACAGAACCCAAAUCCUGAAAUGAUGUCCCCCAUUUGGUGGCAUUAUUGGUGGCAUGUCAGUAUGCGCUGUGGUUAGCUGCAGCGGGGCGGAGGCGCGCAGAACCUGUAGUUUCUGUUUUUUCCUGGGUGGUCUUGGCACAUGGGGGUUGGCUGGGUUGGCGGUCGUGAUUGGUGGCCUUGCUGCUAUAUCUUGGAAUCUUGUAAGGUUGGGGUUUUAGGCUGCGUGGCGCUUUGGCAGGCCAGGUGGCCGGGUUACGGAGAAUGGCCUGUACAUCGACAGAACAACCCAAUAAUCAAGAAGGAUUGCUACUGGAUUCGAGGGUCUGGUGACAUAACGGUGUGUUAACAUAACGGUGUGCUGGCGUCCACGUCGGUCGUGCCGUUUUAGUGUCCAUGUACCGAAUAUUAGGGUCCGUCGGCCGCACCAUUGAUUCGCAUUGCACCACCUACACGAAGGGUGCUGGCGUUGGUAUUAUGGUUAAACUUGCUGAAAUUUUUGCGAUUUUCGCAUUCGGUUAGCAAAGCGCUCGUCCUUUUAGAGAAGUUAUCUGCAUCGCUGAGGUCUCGAUGCCAACCCACCGAGAUGGCAAAAGCGUUGGCUCCCUGGAAAAAUUCCUGCCUCAAUUGACGGCCUCUCUUACAUCCUGCCUUACAUCACGAGUCAUUGUACGACACCCGUACAAAUCGGACUUUCCCGCAAGCUGUCGGGAGUGUGUUGAAUUUCGGCAAAGGAAUAUCUAAAUGCUUCUUAUGCUGGCCUGACUGCGCUAAGCGCCGACGAAGCCAAUGCAUGGGAAAAUGCAACGGAGUUCUGAAGCCCCUCUGACGAGCGCAAUGCUUUGUAACUAAACCGGGAC